GCUGUAUGUGCUUAAAACUUCCACAGUUCCCCAAUUGAUUUGAACCCAUUCAUACUCAUACCACUCACCAUGCCCCGAGGAAUCGAAUACGACGAAGACAUCAGCCAAUCCGAAAAUCCCGUCCUCCAAGAAAACAGCAAAGUGCACGGCGUUAACUCUGCGAACCUCGAAAUGAGCCGCGUCUACCGCACCGCGGAGCUCCCUGAGGCCGCGCUGCAACCGCCAGGCUUCCACAGUGGAAUGGGCAGUCGGGGGUUCAAAAACACCGGAUCGGGGAAGGGUGGUCGGAACCCGAGGACUAUGGGUGAGAAGAAGGGCAUGAUGGCUCAUAAGAUGGAUGGGACGGAUCCUUGGAAGAGACAGGAGUGGAGUAUGUAAUAUU